AGCUCUUACAAAUAUCAAUGCUUUUUUUCCCUCUCAAAAUCUUCCUUACAUUUCCCUCUGUUCCUCCUCCACUUUUCCCAGAUGCAGAAACAGAAAAUGGGGAAACAAAGCAAAUCGCGAAAAACCGAAAACGUUGGCAAAGGAAAGGUUACUCCUGUACAAAUCGCUUUCAUCGUCGACCGCUACCUCUCUGAUAACCGUUUCACUGAAACCCGAUCCACUUUUCGAUCCGAAGCUUCACAUCUUUUGGCUAAGUCUCCCAUCAACGAGGCACCAAGGAGUUUAUUGAGUUUAGGAGAUAUGUUGGAUGAGUACAUAAGUUUGAAAGAGCAAAAAGUGUUUUUGGAUCAAGAAAAGUGUAGACUGGAUCAUGAAAAGACGCGGGUACAGAAUUUACUAAGUGGGAUGCAACAUGUUAUGAAUGCUUACAAUGCUAGUACAAAUCUGAUACCUCCUUCCUCAAUUGCUGCUGCUGCUGCUGCUUCUUCAAUGCCCAAAAUAGGUGCUUUGCCAAGCAUAGUUAAUGGAUUUUCCCCAGUAACCACAGGUUAUUAUUCUACAUACAAAACUGCAGCACUGAUGUCAGCAUCAAUGCCUUCAAAUGCUGCUCCAGAUACCAUGAAAUUCUCUACUCCAAAUUCCAUUCCAUCAACCUCAAAAAGAAAAGGCAUCAAAGACGUCUCUGCAGCUCCCAUAACUGCCAAGAGAUCUCGUAAACACUUGAUCACCAACCAGUUGUCACUUAAAGAUCCUAGUACAGAUGCACAACCAACUGGUGUUGAUAAACAAAACAACAAUAUGAAUAGUUCUGCGGUUCAAUUAUCAGAUCCUGCGACUGCAUCUGAUAAGACACCAGUUCAAGGAUCUAAUGUUGCCAAGUCUUUGUUCAAUCA